AUGACUUCGACGAUACUUAGUAGUAAGAGACCUAUGGAGCAGGUGGAUGAUGAGUUGCUUUCACUGACUGCGCAACAGGAAAACGAGGAACAGCGGCAGCAGACAAAGCGCAGACGUCAUCAGUUUGCCCCCAUGACUCAGUUCAAUAAUAAUAAUGAUGAUAGUACUAAUGCGCUGGACGGAAGCAGCAGGGUCGGGAGUUCUUCUGACGUUGCAACAGCGGAACAAGACAAUUUUUUGGAAGAGUCCCCUUCAGGAUAUAUCAAGAAAGUCAUUUUGAGGAACUUUAUGUGCCAUGAACAUUUUGAACUCGAACUGGGUUCCAGAUUGAAUUUCAUUGUUGGUAAUAAUGGCAGUGGUAAGAGUGCCAUCUUAACAGCUAUUACUAUUGGUUUGGGGGCCAAGGCUAGUGAGACGAAUAGAGGCUCCUCUUUGAAAGAUUUGAUUCGGGAAGGUUGCUAUUCUGCCAAAAUUACUCUUCAUCUAGAAAAUAGCAAGUAUGGUGCGUAUCAACAAGGUACCUUCGGUAGUGAAAUUAUAGUGGAAAGGACAAUCAAGAGAGAUGGGCCCGCUUCUUUUAGUUUAAAAUCUGAAAUCGGUAGAGAAAUUAGUAACAAGAAAAAGGAUAUUCAAACAGUAGUGGAUUUUUUUUCUGUACCGGUGAGCAAUCCCAUGUGUUUUCUUUCACAGGAUGCUGCCAGGUCUUUCUUAACUGCCAGCACUUCCCAGGAUAAGUAUAGCCAUUUUAUGAAGGGUACUUUGCUGCAAGAAAUUACUGAAAACUUGGUUUAUGCUAGUGCUAUUCACGACAGUGCGCAGGAAAACAUGGCUCUGCAUCUAGAGAACUUGAAGUCUUUAAAGGCUGAAUAUGAAGAUGCCAAAAAAUUGUUGAGAGAAUUAAACCAGACUUCCGAUUUGAAUGAGAGAAAGAUGCUUUUACAAGCAAAAUCAUUAUGGAUUGAUAUAGCGCAGAAUACAGAUGCCUGCAAAAACUUGGAAAAUGAGAUUAGUGGCAUACAACAGAAGAUCAAUGAAGUUUCAGAAAAAAUCAGUAAUAGGCAAGAAAAGAUCGAAAGAUAUACGUCUGAUGGUACUACUAUUGAAUCAAAAAUUGAUGCCAAAGUUAUUCAUGUUAAUGAAAAAGAUAGCGAGCACCAAAAUGCAAGACAACUAUUGAGGGAUGUCAAAAGCAGAUUUGAAAAGGAGAAAAGUAACCAAGCUGAGGCACAGAGUAAUAUUGAUCAAGGUAAGAAGAAAGUCAAUGCUCUAAAUAAAACAAUUGCCCAUUUGGAAGAAGAACUUACGAAGGAGAUGGGUGGUGAUAAGGAUCAGAUGAGACAAGAGCUUGAACAAUUGGAAAAAAAUAAUGAAAAGUUAAGAGAGGUAAAUAAUUCUCUGGCCGUCAAUUUGCAAGAUCUAAAAAAUGAAGAGAGAGAUAUUCAACGUGAACGUGAAUCGGAAUUAAGGGUUGUUUCACAAAGCAUUCAAAACAAGAAGAUGGAAUUACAUAAUAUUUCCAAGGGUAAUGAUACUUUCUUAAUGAAUUUUGAUCGUAAUAUGGAUAGACUUUUAAAGACGAUAGAGCAAAGGAAGAACGAUUUUCAAACUCCCCCAAUUGGACCGCUAGGUUCCUUUGUAACUAUCAAAAAGGAUUUCGAAAAGUGGACACGUUCUAUUCAAAGAGCUAUAUCAUCUUCGCUGAACUCAUUUGUUGUGGCGAAUCCAAAGGAUAAUAGACUUCUCAGAGACAUUAUGAGAUCGUGCAAUAUAAGAAGUAAUAUACCUAUCGUUACUUACCGUUUGAAUCAAUUCAAUUAUUCAGGAGGUAGAGCGCGUGGGAAUUAUCCGACUAUUGUAGACGCACUCGAUUUUUCGAAACCAGAAAUUGAGUGUUUAUUUGUUGAUUUGAGCAGAAUCGAAAGAAUAGUGCUAAUUGCUGACAAAAAUGAGGCCAGAAAUUUUUUAAAAAGAAGCCCGGCUAACGUGAAUAUGGCUCUAUCGCUUAGAGAUAGACGUAGUGGUUUUCAGCUUUCCGGCGGAUAUAGGCUAGACACGGUUACGUACCAAGAUAAGGUUAGAUUAAAAGUUAUCUCUUCAUCUGACAAUGGGACCGGAUAUCUGAAGGACUUGAUUGAACAGGAGAUUAAAGAAUCACAGAAUAUACGAGAUCGUUAUGAGGAAAAGUUGAAUGAUGUGAGGUCGAAAUUAAAGGAAAUAGAUGAAAGGCUGAAUAAUAUCAAAGGCGAAAUGAGAAAAACUAAUUCUAGAAUUACAGAAUUGAAAAUGAAUGUCGGCAAGGUGGUCGAUACUGGUAUAUUGAACUCAAAAAUAAAUGAGAGAAAAAAUCAAGAGCAAGCCAUCGCCAGUUACGAAGCUGCCAAAGAAGAGCUAGGUUUGAAAAUUGAGCAAAUUGCACAGGAGGCCCAGCCAAUUAAAGAGCAGUACGAUUCUACCAAACUAGCUUUUAUGGAAGCCCAAGAUGAUUUACAACAGCUGAAAGAGGAUAUCAACUGCCGUCAAUCUAGAAUUCAAAAAUUAAAGGAUGAUACCAUUUAUUACGAAGAUAAAAAAAAAACCUGCCGAGAAAAUAUAAAGAAAAUUGAAGCUAAUGUGGCAGUGUUGAAUGAAGGUAUACAAAAGCAAAUUGAGAAUGCUUGUGCAUUUUGCUCAAAGGAGCAAGUCGAGAGUGCUGACCUACCGGCCACUCAGGAAGAGAUCAAACGCGAGCUCGAUAAAGUCUCGAGAAUGAUCCAAAAAGCUGAGAAAAGUCUAGGAUUAUCACAAGAGGAGGUAAUUGAACUAUUUGAGAAAUGCAGGAGCAAAUACAAAGAAGGUCAAAAAAAGUACGUGGAGAUAGAUGAAGCACUUAACAGAUUGCAUAACUCUCUGAAGGCUCGUGAUCAAAACUAUAAGAAUGCGGAAAAGGGAACGUGCUUUGACGCAGAUAUGGAUUUCCGUGCAUCUUUGAAGGUUCGAAAAUUUUCAGGAAACCUUUCCUUUAUCAAGGAUACUAAGAGUCUAGAAAUAUACAUCUUAACCACUAACGAUGAGAAGGCAAGAAAUGUUGAUACUUUAUCAGGCGGCGAAAAAUCCUUUUCUCAAAUGGCAUUGUUACUUGCUACAUGGAAACCCAUGCGUUCAAGAAUUAUUGCGUUGGACGAGUUUGACGUUUUCAUGGAUCAAGUUAACAGAAAGAUUGGUACUACUCUCAUAGUCAAAAAACUAAAGGAUAUAGCAAGAACUCAAACUAUCAUCAUUACACCCCAAGAUAUUGGGAAAAUUGCAGAUAUUGACAGUUCUGGUGUCAGUAUCCAUAAGAUGAGAGACCCUGAGAGACAAAAUAAUUCCAACUUCUAUAAUUAA